AUGGUCAGCACACCUGCAUACACACGCCCUCAAAGGAGUUGUUCGGGAAGCACAAGCGUGUGGUCCCUCUUCAUCUACGGCGUGGGCAGCCUCGGGGUGGAGCAGCUGUACAGGCGCUUCCACACCUCCCUGCCGCUGCUGCUGCGAGGACUCUGUUACGUCGCCUGGAUCUACGCCUGGGAGUUCUCGACAGAAAGGAACUACAACCUGCUGGGCCUCAUCACCCUGGAGUACUUCCCCGCCUGGUACCUCGCCUCAGUCCUCACCGAGCAGUUUCUCAUCCACAACCUCCUCUUCCUGUCCCUCUACUCCCAGGACUCCCACAACCGUCUCCACCACAAGGGAUAG